CAGUGACCUCGACAGAUUGUCUUCCAUCAAAGAGUUCAUCACAGCAAACCAAGCACUCAGUCGUCUCCGAGUGGCUCAGACUAGCGCUUACACUAAUGCACUGGCAGGUUCGCUAUCUAGAUUUUCGGUUCUCUUCCAACUCCCUCUCCGGCUGUACACAGUCGGCUCCGACUCAUAGCAUGAAGGAUGGUUGACCAUAGAGUGGAUCGUCAUGGCAUCUGGCAGCGUUGGACAUCAAUGUAUGAAUGUUCAGAUCCCUUCUCGUUACUACAUCUCCGCCCCCAAGAACAAGGAACACGUUAAUCAAGGGUUCUCCUCGUUGGCUGUCAGAAGUUAAAGUUGCCCGAGUUUCCUCUCUCGGACAGGCAUAUAGUCAAACACAAUGGCACUAAACACAAUAUGUUUAUGUUCAAUCUUUACCACCCCAACGAACAGGAUCGUGUCCUUCCCUUGUCAAGUAUAAGUUAGCCCUCAACGCCAUUCAAAGAAAUUUUUUUGACCCACCGGAAGCGUCGACCGCUCACCAUUUUAAAACACCUCGUCCAUGCAAAGCUAUAUCUCAACACCCUCUGUCUUUGGUAUCUCGUAUACACCUAAUGUUCGCCAUAGUACAAGGAUCGCAACCGACUCAAUCGUCCGAAGUCGGAAAACUUGGAAGACCUUGAAGUCGAACAAGCAGCUGGUCUGGGCGCCUCAGGUGGAGGCUGCUCUAAUUGAAGGACUAGAGAAGUAUCGACCGAGUUCUAUCACGGACCCUUUGACUUUGAAGCGCUUUCCGAAACGCAACCGCUGGAUAGCUGAGUACAUCUUCCGGACCACGGGGCAGCAGCGAACAGCCAAACAGGUUGGCAGUCGGCUCCAGCAGCUUACGAAUACUUGCAAGGAUGAAAGAAUUUUAAGGCUUCUAUCUCGGCGAGAAUAUACGCCUGAGCCAGAGAUUCCUGAUACACCUACUUGGGAUGAUGCGGGUUCCACCCUCUCCUCUUCGACAACGUCAUCUCCUUAUUCUCCAUGUACACCCUGGGAGUUCUCUGAAACCUCGUCCACCUCGUCCGAUGUCAAUUAUUUUACUGAAAAGACGCGAUGCGGAGACGCAUCUGACGAGCCACGCCUCUCCCACACGUCUGUGAUCAUUGAAUUGACCCCGCCAUUCACUUUGCCUCCGCCCCACUCGAACUCUCGCCGGUCUUCUUAUUCAGAAGAUAGAGAGUCACCCACCGAUGAUAUUGGCCCCGAGUCCGUACCUCGUCUACCUGUCAUUGACACUACCUCCCACCAGAUCACCGUCCACAACUUUAACUUUCUCCCGCCUUUGGCUCCAACUGUCUCAUUCAUGUCUCCCAUCCUUGUUUCCACAUCCGAAUUCCUUUCUUGCUUCCGUGUCACCUUACGAGGAAGCCUCAUCUUCACUGAAUCGACCGAGUUCACCUUGGAAUCCAGUUCCACUCAUUGCUGGUCGGACGUCCAGAAAUCUAACCACUUGUACGUUAACAAAUUUUUGCCGCACUUUUGGCAAAGGUUGUAUCAAUUUGAACCCGAUGAUAUAUUCCAAUGUUCCAUUGUUCAACAAAUUGCUCGCAAGGAUUCAGUGCAGAGGAACACUCCGGAAGACAUGAAUGAGAUCAUUCACGCUGUGACAUAUUGUUUCAGACCUUCUGCAGUCUCAACUGCGAGCGCUCCCACCCAAGUUCCUUCCGUAGGUAAGGAAGGACCUGCGGUCGAUGUAUCAACCCGCCAAACCAACGACCGCUGUUCAGCUGUGGUACACCCGCCUUUUGUACCUGAGUUACAGCUCAUGCAUCCCGACGACACUUGUGUUACUCAACCGGGUUCACAGUCAAAUGUUUCGGAAGGUGCCUUCUUGAACCCGUCCCCAUUCCACGGUGUUGUCCAACCUGAGGUGCAUUCAUAUGAGAACGCUUCGGUUUUACCGCAACAACAUUUGGAUUUUGUUAAUCCGGGUGGCGAUUGUUUUCCCCCUCAUCCCUAUCCCGAAAUCACCUCUAUGCCCGUCGUCCGAAGGUCUCAUAGCCCAGAUGGGCUGGAUUUGGAUUCUCCGGUGCGAGAAUAUCCCUUCGCUAUUCCUAUUCCUCCUCCCCGGUUCGCACAACCUGUACCGCAUGGGGACACAAACCAGCACCAACAACUCUACAUGUUCCAUUCUCGUAUCGGUGCUCCGGUCUAUUUCUGGUUGGACAAAAACAACUGUGAUCCUCAUCCACUCGUUUCUAAGACGGGUGUUGACAGCAUUAGCUACGAGCACAACCUUGAUGAUUGCCAGGAUUCAUGCGAGUUUGCCCAGCAGUCAUUUGUUCGCCAUCACCAGUAUGGCAUGUACUAGGCUCAUGGCACGACGUAAUCUCCCCCACAAUGUUCAAUUCAUGUCCAUGCUCCGCCACCUUACGAUACCUGUGUUCAUCAGCACCAGGAGUGGACCAUGAUAUCGCAACCUCAUUACUCGACUUCUUUGUUGUACAACUUCCGAUGCCGUCCCCAGUUCUCAGUUCAGACCCAGAACGCCGUUACAUCUUUAUAUCAUACCUCGUUCUGCUUAAUUUGCCCAUCUUAUUCUCAUGUGUAGUAUCAUACACAUCAUCUAAUUUUACAAUCUCCCAACUACAUCUAUAAUUACCACACGCCCUACAUGCUAUGCCGCAUUACCUGCCAACAUUCCCAACACAACGUUUUCGGUGCUCUGUUAAUUAGUACAUUCAUUCUGUCUGUCAUUGCAUACCUUUUUAUUCCAUCAUCUAUGUAGGAUCGCCGGCGGCGCAUCUUUCCUUAUAAGACUCGUUCGAUACCACCCGUCAAUCGCAAUAGACGAACAUUUUUUUCUCUCUCCCUCUGGACGACGGUUGCAGACUGCAGUCCACGGUAAGACGCAACUUGCG